AACUCUUUAGAUAGUCCAACAAAAGUUUCUUAAACAUUUACGAUCGCUUAUUAGAUGGAAGAAAAACGAAACGGAUCCUUUCGUUCAGACGUAAAUCUGGAGAUUUGCUUAUCAGCUUAAGAAAAACCCAGAUAACACUGUGGCACAAGUAUCUCCUGUGGACUCGAGAAACUCAACCGAGCAGUUGUUUUUUUUUGUGUUAGAUAAUUAUCAACGGUGACGAAAUUGUUGUGACUGUGAUUAACUGAUACGGUGAUCCGGAUAUGCCUUUCUCUACAUUUGAUCCUAUUAUUAUACUUACUGCGAUACUGAGCUUUACUCGGGAACGCCUUAAAGAGGUUAGAAACAUCAUCAGUAGCUGCAAAGGCCAGAAAGUGAUACAAAAUAAUUUCGCAUUUUCAUGGGUGAUUUAUUAACGCACCAAUGCAUACCUGGCAAAAAAAAGUUUACGCUAGGCAGCUGUAUUGAAUCUGGUGGUCUCAAACGUCUUUAAACGUUCGAAACGAGUGGCAGAGUGUAGAUGACGCAUACGGUUUCCCAUCACGAAUCAUACGAAAGAUGGCUAACGUUGUUGUGAUGAUGUCAAAAAAGACAAGACCAGUUCGUCCCCGAUUGGAGCAGUGCAAAAGACUGAUAGAUACCACAGGAGAACAGUUCAUCGAACUGCACAGCCAUGACGAUCGCGGUUUACCGUACUCCGCUAGUUUCCGAUAUGGCCACAUGAUAUGGAAACUCCAUGGACAGGAGUGCUUGUUGACCAUAGGAAAGAGCUACGUCGCUGUGGUUUCCAUCGAUCGCAUCCGUGAACUGAAUGAAGCGAACGACUUUGAUCUGGCGGGAGACAUCUUGCGGAAAAAUCUAACAACCAGACUCGUGUUGUACGACCAGUACCAAGAGGAAAUGGCUGGACUGAAAAGUUCGAUCGAGAGACUACUGUUGGAGCUAGGAGCUGAUUGUUGGGAUCAUUCUAAGAAAGCUGAAUAUUUGUUGCAUCUGUUGAGAACAGCUGAAAAGCGCUUAUAUGAAGUUGAUUUCGAAUUCUGCAAGGAACUUUGCUCAGAGACAUUUGUUCACAGCUAUCAACUAACAGUGGAUAUUGUAGCAUACGCAGCGAUGAAAAAUGCCCUGAAAGUUAGAAACGGUGUCGAGUUUGCCGAUUUGUCGAAAAGUGAUUGGAGCGAUGGCAAUAAGUUUUUACGUGAAGCAUUGAACAAUGCGUUUGAAAUACACAGAAGUCUGUUUCUACAGUUAUGCCCUUCACAGAUUAAAGAUGAAUUAGACAGAAUUGCAAAUCACAUACUGCUAAGUCCGAAAGAUGCACUUGUGCUUUGUGAACUGGAGUGCGUAUUCAAUGGAACUGCGUUUGAAUCGACAAAGGCGAUCAUCUUGAAUCGUUUCAUAGAAAGCAUCGACAGUAUUACUCCAUCUGAUUAUUGUCAAAUGCUACAGUUAAAUGAAGUUUAUCCCCACAUAUGCAAAGGCUUGUUUGAAGGAGCUGCUCGUGUUGGAAAAAUCCUUGGUACCACAGAUGUUAUUGAUUAUAUAGGGAACGAAUGGAGCUGGAUUGCACAACCAAUCGCCGAGCAGAAUUCAAAUUUGUAUAGAUGUUUCAAAAGUCAACUCUGUGUGCUUAUCGACUUUGCAAACCACUUUGAGCCUGGUAAACCCACAGCCAAGCAAAUGUAUCCUUACGUAUUCCAAAUUGAUCUUUUGAAGCCGUUGAACACGCUUCGAAGCGAACAGCACCUGUGGUUAUGCUUGAUGGAUUCUGCAUUCAAAGAAGCUGUAAAUGGAGACUUGGCAUCGGUGAUUUAUUUCACGGACGUUCUGAAGAGCUUUCGCGAAUGUGUAACGUUAAUCGAUUUACGAAAUGGAUCGUGGGAACGACUUCGCAAGAUGACCCAUGAAACGCUCGAAUUGGCAGCACAGGUUCAUUCAUUAUUGUCUUCGAAGGAAAUUAAAUUGUACGUUGAAAUGGUCUUGAAACAGUUCAAUAGCGCUCACAGAAAUCUGCGCGUCGAAGAGAAUUAUAUGAAUCUUUUUUGCGAUUAUACAUCUACCUUUUUGAACUUCUGGAAAAAACUGUCGCUCGAAAAACUUUCCCAACUACUCAAAGGAGAAUAUCUACAUUCCUUUAUGGAACAAAUUCAGGUGAAGUUUUUGGACGUUGCCUUUAAUGUACUUAAGAAAAAUGCCGAACAUGAGAAGGUUAUAGAACUUAUGAAGGAGUGCACCAAGCUUCUCACGGAUUUGGAUAGCUUUCCAUUUGAGUGGUAUGUUCAGUUCAGCAAUAGACGAAUGGAGAAAGUUCUUUCGGAGGCACGAAUAGUUACAAAUAUAGUAAGCGACAAAACACAACGCGAGUGCUACGUCGUCUCGAAACAACAUUAUCAAUUGUUCGUUGAAGUAUGUAAUGGAGAGGAUAUACCAGUGCACUUCCAAGUGGAAACUGUUCUGAAUCUGCAGAAUUGUCUUUUCACUUUGAUGAUGCUUCGCCAAUGGAAUAACUCAAACGAGUUUCUCACCGCCAAUGAUCAGCUCAAAGCUACAACAUUAAUGAUGGAAGCCAUGAGGAAUUCGCUGUUUUAUCUGAAGGAGCAACCGAAUUACUUGAACUUCAUCAAAUUUAGUGAUUCUUUUCUGCAUCACUUCAGAAGUCUUAUAAGCGAAUGUCAUUCAAUGGAGAAUUUCAAGAAGCGAGUGGCAGCUUUAAGAAGUUCAUUGAAACCUACUAUUGCAGCUAUAAAACCACGCAUAGCUCGAGGACCUUCAUUGAAGCUGUGCAAACGUCUGAUGAGUAACGAUAAAGAACAGUACAUUACUGAACGAAGUGCCAACGAAUCCGGUUUACCAUAUUCGGCAAAGUUUCGCUUAAAGGAUUCGUACUGGAAGUUGCACGGAGAACAAUGUCUGAUCACCGUAGGAACAAGCUAUGUAGCCGUAGCAACAAUCAGCCCCAUCAAAGAACUGAACGAAGCAAGCGAUUUUGAUACGGCACAAAAGAUAUUGUUGAAUCAUGUGAAGAUCGAGAAAGUAUUGGCGCAGGAAAAUCAUAAACCAUUUUUCCACAAUCUAUGGCAACAGGUGACGGAGAAAUUUGGAAGAACAAUUAAACCAGCACAACGAAAAAGUAACGUAGCCCACAGCUGGAUGCAUGAGUUUGCCUUUUCUAAUACCGCGAAAACUACACCGAAAGAACCAUUGAAGAUUAAUGCAUCAAAAUCUCCAUCUGUUAACCAGAUUGAUGCCGAGGAAAUACGUGAGAGAAUCUUUGGAUCUGCACUGAAGCACCGAGGACAACUUGCUGACAUUACUGACAGGCAGUACAUAAAACUACGAAGUCCCAUCGCCGAUGGACUACCAUAUUCGGCCCAGUUUGACCAUGAGGGAUCGACGUGGACGCUGCACGGGGCAGAGCGUUUGCUUACCAUUGGUACCGGAUAUGUGGCUCAGGUAUCCAUCGAAUCAGUGUCAGAGCUGAACGAUGCAGGUCACUUCAAUUUAGGAAAAGCGAUACUGCUCAAGCAUUUAGUGACAGAAAAAGUUUUGUUGGAUGAAGCGUGGGACUCGCUGAAAGCAGAAUUGCUUCGUCUAGGAAAUGAGAGCGUUACUAAUGUCGAGAGUGUCAAUUGCUUGAUUGAGUUGAAUAGGAUUGGACGGAAGCAUAAGUACGAGUUUACUGACGAAUUCAUCAAAGAAAUAAGCUCAAGAUUUGUUGUAUUUAGUGAACAAUUAAGAACCUCAUUCAAUGAAUGCUCCAAAUUCAGCAGUUCCAAAAGAAGAAUACAUUUUAACGUUUUUGAAGCUUUGGAACCCGCAUUCAAUAAUCACAAGCAGAGUUUGCUAAAACUUUGCUCCAGUAAGCUCGCAAUAAAACUGAAUAACUUAGAGCCGCAUUGUUGCAUGUUAUUGGGAGCAGAAGACGUCAAGCUUUUCAGCGACUUGGAAUGCGCUUUGAAUCAGACUAUAUUCGGUACCGCGUUGCCUCAAAUUAUUGACAGCUUUGUUAAAAGGGUGCGUGGCUUAGAACAAGCAGCACAUGUUAAAUCAAUUCCGUUAGUUAACGGUAUCUACUUCCAUGUCUGCAAAGGCCUAGUGAACUUGGAAAACCUCGUAAAGGAGGAACUUUACGGCCGAGACAUCGUUCGUUAUCAGAAUGGAGAAUGGAGGUUGCUAAACAUAGCAAAAGAACAAAUCAAAACACCCAUGUCUAAAUGUUUGUUGAAGCAAUUAGCAAUGUUUGUAGCUUAUGCGAACCACUUUGAACCAGGGAGGCCAACUGUACAUGUAUCUUAUCCAUGUAGAUUCCGUAUAGAUCAGUUCCAACAGAUGGCUGAGGUUCACCAUGAAUAUCAUCUAUGGCUAGCUCUUUUGGAUUUAACUAUGGUUGACAUUUUCGAGGGUGAUAUUCAUCGAAUUGAGGAAUAUUCAGCAGUUACGCAAAUGUUUGUAAACUGCUUGUCUUCGAAUAGAUUCGGUGUAGUUUCGCAUGAAUCGAUCCGAACUGUUACCCACAAUACGUUGGAAUUAGUGGCUCUUAUCGAACAGUCCGAAUAUGGUCUCAAUGAUUUCAACAAGGCUUUUCUAGAUAAACAGAUUCAUGUUUUUGAGAAAACGUUGUCCGGCGAAAAGCUGGAUUUUAACCAAUAUCGAGAUUUUAUGGAUGCAUUUAAAGUUUUUUGGGAACGGUACAACUGUGUUAUUCCUAACCUGUCGUCUAAGAUGAAAUGUAAAUACUUGCAACAGCAGUUUGACAAACUUGAGUUCAAGCUUAUGAAUGUGAUUUUACGCGUUUUGGAUCAACAGUUUGAUUCAAAUGACAUAAUUAGAUUUUUUAGAAUGUAUAAUGAUUUCAUCCUUGAUUUAAAAGAACUUCGUUUUGAAUGGUACGUACGACCUGCCAACGAAUCCUUAAAACAAAGUUUGUUGAAGGAAAAUCUAGUUAUCAGAGUAGAUAAUCUCUUAGGUAACACCCAUAAUGAAUGUUUUCAAGUAAAACCAGAUAUGGUCGACAAGUUUGUCGCAGUAUGCUCACAAACAAGUAUUUCAAAACAUUAUCAAAUUGAAGUCAUGUACACGUUUCUGGAUUACAUAGUUGGUCUUGCAGAUAAACAAACUUGGAAAAACGGUAGCAUGCUUACCAAGGCACAUCAGAUAAACGCAGUGAUUCUUCUGAUCAACGCAAUAAGAAGUUCCCUACUGUAUCUUAAAGAACAGCCGGAUUAUGUAGAUUUUGAAAAGUAUCACGAAGAAACAACCAAACCACUCUACAGCGUCAUUGAACAAAGUGAUUCAAUGGAAAAUUUCGAGAAACGAGUUGAACUAGUAAAAGAAUCAUUCUGGUACAUUCGAAACCAAAAUUCGAUUGGAAUUGAUGAAGCAUUACAGCGGUGCAAAUGUGAUAACGAUAACUUCGAAGCAAAUAUUCUGAAGGUGACUUUUGAUACAUAUACAGAUCAGUACGAGAGAUAUCUUAGUGGAUACAUGGAAAAUGGGGUAUGCAGUAAUGGCCAAAUUCAGAAAAUUGUAAAAGAUGUCUGCAAACGUGUAAAACCGAGGCUUUGGUCUGAAUGGACUGUAGAUUUUAAGCAAAAUGACAUUCCGACUAUUUUGGCUGGCCUGGCAGCUGUGUGGUCCAUCAUGGUUUCGGUGGAUGUAGCCAGCUCUGGUAGUUUCCUGAAGCCACAUCCAAUUCAAAUACUUAGCGUUUUGAGACUGUUAUGCGUUGAUGAGAAUUGUGUUGGCAUUAAGAAACAUCUUGCGCAGAUUUUGACAGGGCAAGGUAAAUCGCUCACUCUUGGUCUUGUUGCGGCAGUACUGGCUCUUUUCGGUCAUGACGUGGUGAUUGUUUGCUAUAGCGAUUAUUUGGCAAGUCGAGAUUCCGACGUUUUUCUUGAAUUUUACCGAAAGUUUUCCAUCUCGUCUAAAGUAUCUUACCAGACAUUCCAGCACAUGGUAUACAAGAAAAUUGAUACGUUUUACACUAAGGCGGUAAAAUACCUACGAGAAUGCAUAGGACUCGCCCAAUCACAAUCUAAUAAAACAGAUAAAAAAGAUAAGAGUUUAGUUAAAUCAGCUUCUGACAUACUUCUAAUUGACGAAGUAGAUGUUUUCUUUAUUGAUACUUUCUAUGGAAACACUUGGAAUUCCUGUACUUUAGUGGAACUUCCGGGACUAGGGUUGAUCCAGCAAACUAUUUGGGAACUAGUUCAGGAGUACGACAUAGAAGAUGCCAGGAUUACUUUACUUGAAUUUAUUAAAUUAUCAAGUAAUCAAGAGAUGGUUAAGUUUAGAUCACUUAUGCAUAGAAAUGGUUCUUAUAAUAUGAUAGUACCUUAUGGUUCAGACAUGUCAGAGAUUGUACAUACCAACGAAUCAUUAUUUUUGGAACACCUGAACAAGAUGUUAUAUGCAGCAACGGAAAUUCAUAAUGCUUCUGCAGACAGUGCUUUGCUCAAUGACUAUAGGAUUGACACUGCUGGAAGAAUCAGAAUGAAAGAUGCAUUUGGUAAGUUUAUUUUGAAUUGGUUCCAGUCUUACAAUAACACGUUUGUUUAUUUCAAACUGCGCAAAAGAAAUUUCAUUGAAAGAGCCGAAGGGUAUCUUAACUUUGGGUAUAUGAUCAUCCGUACCGUGGCUUUUUCAUUUUCUAGGUUGCCCGAAACCUAUUCUUUAAUCUUGGGCGUCACGGGCACGCUAAAUGGCUUAAGUUCUUAUGAACAGAGCGCCAUCGAAAACCAUUACAACAUCAAGCGAAAAUCAAUCAUGCCAUCAUAUUUCGGUGGAUCUUAUUUGACCUUUUCAUCUGUAGAUGAUUUCAAAUGUACUACAGAUGAAAUCAGUUGGAGAAGAAUGAUUUUCACUAGAAUCAACGAGAUGAUCGAUACUAAACGAUCGGUGAUCGUAUUUUUUGAUAGUGACCUUAAAAUUAAGAAGUUCAAACAAGAUUUUGCAAAUCAACUUGAUCGAUUGCACGAAUUAACCACUAACACUGAAGACAGAGAGCGCUACAUCACAGAGGCGGGUCAUACCCGGACCAUCACUUUGGCCACCCGUGAAAUGGGCCGUGGAGUUGACUACAAAUCGUCCUUGUUGGUAGAGAAGAACGGCGGCAUACACAUCAUUCAGACAUUUUUUUCCCUGGACGUGAAAGAGGAAACGCAAAUCAAGGGUCGAACAGCUCGUAAGGAUAACCGUGGAAGCUACGAGCUGAUUGUGUGCCAAGAGCAUCUUGUCCAACUCAAAUUGAUCCCUCAAGUUAUGGUCGGCGAUAACAACUACAAUUAUUGCUAUUUGGCAAACGCCAGAGAUCGAAUUACCACACUUGAUUUUGAAAAAAGAGAAAGAAAACUCGAAGAGGCAAACGCUAGACAUGAAAAGUCCAUUCAGUUUGUACAAAACAUUUGAUUAACAAAUAGUUUUAAGUUUAGGGUUAUGUGACUUUUAUAAAUAAAAUUGAAAUGGUUA